AUGGCGGUGUCGGGUGGGGAAACUUUGUAUGCGUCGGAGAGGUUGCUCUCCAGUAAUAUGCAGAUGCGGGAGACUCAGGUAUGGUUGUGUAUCGUAUGCGUGUGGGGCACCGACAAGGAUUCCAGAUUCAGAUUUAUUGAGAGUCAUGAAGUGGUUGUAUCUGUAUCUAGGAGAGAAGCGCUUUUCUGCAGCGAGCUAAGGGUUGCAGGUGAUUUUUGUGUUGGAGUAUAUCUUAAAGCUGGUUUGGCGGAACAUAAGGUUUUGGAGGAUUUUGUGUAUGGAGGUUUAGCAGAGAUUCUAUGA